ACGGCGAAGAUAUUGGGAAUAUGAGAAAUGAGAACAUUCAGAUCGGAGAAAAACUCAUUAGAAGUGAAGCCCAAAGCGUGCCAUAGAUGAGUUCAGGUUAUGCAGUCUCUAUUGCAAUGUAGAAAGGAUUUCUCAAAUGUAAGAUUCUGAUGGUUCAGAAGAGACAGAAUAGGGACAGAGUUGUUAAAAAGACGAUCAACACUUUCCUCCAAGCUGCAUCCAUCAACACAAAACUAGAAUCUGAAUGAAUAAUUUCAAGCUGGAGUAAAUUAUCUUUCGUGAGAAUCUUAUUAUUUAAAAAACGUCAACCAAACAAAGAAACCUCGAAGGAACAACUUUAAUCCAAAUGAUACCUGAGACUUUAAUCAAUCGAGAUGCUCCACAUUAGACAAAAAAUGAUAUACUCUACUAACUGUAUAACCUUGACUAGGAUUGAACUUUCAAUCCCACUUAUCGUGUUCAUUGACAUGCAAAAAAUGUUAUACAAUAAAUUAUAACACUCCCUCACUUGUUCCUCAUCCCAAGUUAAUAACAUACGCCGCCAUUUCCAACCAUCAUAGUCAAAAUUCCAUCCUAAAUUGUUCAACUAGCGAUUGACACCAAUCAACUCGAAAAGCUAUCUUAACAACAGUAUGUCUCUUAUUUAAACUACUUAGGUGAAAUUGUUAAAAUGAUUCUAAGUAAUAUGAUUUUUUAUUUUUUUUAAAUAUCAAGAUAUUUUGUUUUUGCUCUUAAUUCUCUGGAUAAUCCACUGUAUGUACUAAACCAGUCUCACAGACUCCAACAUUAUUGGCACCAGAUGAAGGAGUUUUCGCUGUUUACCAAGCAAGGGGAUUUCAACUUCCCUAUCCAACUAACCCCGAAACCAAUUCUCCGGCCAGAACCACCAGAUUACCUUCCCGAUUCCACUGCAUGCUCAUCCCGCCUUGGUAAUGGGGUCCCAACCAUUGAUCAAAAGCGGUGUUUCCGGCGGCGUGUUCAUUCUGGACAUAGAACUUUUGGCCGGAACCCUAAAGGAUCUUAUUCAUACAUGUAUUUGUGAGAAGAAAAUAAAGGAAUAGGAACAAUGUCUUCCCCUCCUGAUUCUGAUAACUCUUCUUCGACGCCUUCAGAUUCUCCACCAGAAGAGUCACCACAAUCACCACCACCAUCACCACCUUCAGAUUCCCAGCCGUCUCCUUCAGGAUCACCGCCACCGCCACCACCUUCAGGAUCACAACCUUCUCCUCCACCACCUACAUCAAACAAACCAUCCCCACCAUCCCCCAAUGGAUCCGGAAAUUCACCAACUCCGGUAGCGGGACGUCCUCCACCAGCCUCCAAUAGAUCUGGAAAUUCACAAUCACCUCCACACAAAUCACCAACUACGCCAACUGGACACUCAAAUGGUAAUCACAACAACAAUAACAAUAACAAUAACAAUGAUGAUGCCACUAAGGCAAUAGUUGGAGUAGUGAUUGGGGUGGCAGUUGCUCUUAUCAUUUUGGUCAUCGCUUGCUUUGUCUGCUGCAGGAAGAAGAAAAGAAAGUACUAUUAUGGAGAACGCCCACCUCCUGGAAAAGGGAAUAGUAACUAUUACACUAGUGGGCAUCACUCAAAUUACUAUGGAGAUCGGGAACAUGUUGUUAGGGUUCAAAAUGGAAUGGGUCCAAAUGGUGGUGGUGGUGGAUGGGGUGCACCACCACCUCCUCCUAUGGGAAUGACCAGUACAGACAUGAGCUCGAAUUAUUCGGGCGGACCACCACCUCUUCCUCCUCCCUCACCAAGCCUUGCUUUAGGGCUUAAAGGAGGCACAUUCACUUAUGAGGAAUUGGCAGCUGCAACCGACGGAUUCAUUGAUUCAAAUUUGAUAGGACAAGGUGGUUUUGGCUAUGUCCAUAAGGGGGUGUUACCGAGUGGAAAGGAAAUAGCUGUCAAGAGUUUAAAAUCGGGUAGCGGACAAGGAGAACGGGAGUUCCAAGCUGAGAUUGACAUCAUUAGUCGUGUUCAUCAUCGUCAUCUUGUUUCACUUGUUGGAUAUUGUAUUUCUGGUGGCCAAAGAAUGUUGGUCUAUGAAUUUAUUUCCAAUAACACAUUGGAGUAUCAUCUCCACGGAAAGGGUCGUCCUACCAUGGAUUGGCCGACGAGAAUGAGGAUCGCAAUUGGUUCUGCUAAAGGGCUUGCUUAUCUUCAUGAGGAUUGUCAUCCACGCAUUAUCCAUCGUGAUAUAAAAGCUGCAAAUGUCCUUAUUGAUGAUAGCUUUGAAGCAAAGGUUGCUGAUUUUGGAUUGGCUAAGUUGACAUCUGAUAAUAAUACUCACGUAUCAACUCGUGUAAUGGGAACUUUUGGGUAUCUAGCCCCUGAAUAUGCAUCAAGUGGAAAAUUGACAGAGAAGUCCGACGUUUUCUCAUUUGGGGUCAUGCUAUUGGAACUUGUAACUGGGAAGCGACCUGUGGAUGCCUCAAUUACCAUGGACGAUAGCUUAGUCGACUGGGCUCGACCACUAUUGACUCGUGGACUCGAGGAGGAUGGAAACUUUAGCGAGUUGGUGGAUCCAUUUUUGGAAGGAAACUAUGAUCCUCAAGAACUCGCUAGAAUGGCAGCUUGCGCUGCUGCUAGCAUUCGUCACUCUGCCAGGAAGCGUUCUAAAAUGAGUCAGAUUGUAAGAACAUUGGAAGGAGAUGUCUCAUUGGAUGACUUGAAGGAGGCAAUUAAGCCAGGGCACACCACUGUUAAUACCUCAUCUGGUAGCGAGUAUGACACAGUGCAGUACAACAGUGAUAUGCAGAAGAUGAGAAAGACAGUGUUUUCCAGCCAUGAAUCUAACACCAGCAGCUUCACCAGUAGUGGCGAGAUGGGCCAAACUCCACCAAAGCUGAAGACUCCACAACAAUUGCCUUAAGCUGUUAAUCAUACAUGUGGAAAGGAUUAGAGGGACAAAAAUUCAAAGGGGUUGCUUUUGUUUGAUGUAUAUUGUUUCCUUGUGAUGGGAAGUAAUAUAUCAUUCUGUGGAGAAUUUGAGUUUGAGGCUCUGUUCGGGGUGUAUUUGAGGUGUAAGUUUAUGCCAACGUGACAUAUUUCUUUAAUUUGUUCACUGGUUAUUAUGUAAUGUAAUAAUGAUUAUACAUAGGCAUACCUUGGAAUGGAGUGCAUAGACAUGAUUAACUACUCUGUAUUAUUGAAUCAAGUUUCUUUCUAUACGUAUUUUGUGUUUCUUUCA